AUGUCUUCUUCUGACAACAGUUCGGACGAUAGUAGUACUACUACUUUCGAUAGUUCCGAAGUAUCUAUUCCACGUUCAGUUCGUUUUUGGAUUAUGCUUUUGUUCGACUUUCCAUCAACAAUUUGUAGUUUCCUUAUUAUAAUUCAUAUUAUUAUGAAUCGAGUUCAUCGAUAUGCAUUACAUAAUCAUACUAUUCUUCUUAUAAUACUCUUUGGUUUACCACUUCAAAUAAUGGAUAUUGGUUUUUAUCUUGUGUUCUUUCAUUAUGGUUCUGUUACACCAUCGCAACCGAUUGUAUGUCUUUUAUGGUGGGUUGCUGAUUAUGGUUUUUAUAUUGGAAUAAUCAUUCUCAUGGCAUGGUUAGCUAUCGAACGACAUAUUUUAAUAUUUCAUGAUCGAUGGGUUUUAAAUCAAAGAGGAAGAUUUCUUUUCCAUUAUCUUCCAUUAAUUAUGUUAGUGACAUAUAUAUUUAUCUUCUAUACAAUUGCUAUUUUCUUUGUACCUUGUGAGAAUACUUACAGUUAUGAUAUACCAGUAUGUGGUGCGACACCAUGUUAUCAAUCCUAUGGCAUUCUUGGUAUGUGGGAUUUUAUUGUGAAUACUAUUAUACCAAUCCUCUUGGAAGGCAUUGUUAGUAUUGGUCUUAUUUUACGUGUUCAAUGCCACAGACGACGUCUUCGUCAAUCAAAUAACUGGCGUAAACAAAGACGAAUGAUUAUUCAAUUAUUUAUGGUUUCAAGCCUAAAUAUUGGUAUAUCUCUACCAAUCUUUUUAAUACCGCUUGCACAUUUAUGUGGUCUCCCACCACAAUACGGUGUUGAAGCUGAACUUUAUUUCUAUUUCUUUGGUUACUUCAUUAUUUUUCUUUUCCCAUUCGCAUCUUUGUCUCAAUAUCCGGACUUACGUAGAAAAAUCAAAAACAAAAUAUAUAAUAGAGCACCAAGACAACCACACCGCACUGCUACUGUUGGACCUACAAUAAGAGAUAUACCAAUGAUUAAACGAGCAUGA